AUGUUGACCCUGAAGGACAGCGGUAGAAACUCAACAGACCUCAGAGCUCAGAGCAGACCUCGGAGCAGACCUCAGAGCUCAGGGCAGACCUCAGAGCAGACCUCAGAGCAGACCUCGGAGCAGACCUCAGAGCUCAGGGCAGACCUCAGAGCAGACCUCAGAGCAGACCUCAGAGCAGACCUCAGAGCAGACCUCAGAGCAGACCUCAGAGCAGGCCUCAGAGCAGACCUCAGAGCAGACCUCAGAGCUCAGGGCAGACCUCAGAGCAGACCUCAGAGCAGACCUCAGAGCAGACCUCAGAGCUCAGGGCAGACCUCAGAGCAGACCUCAGAGCAGACCUCAGAGCAGGCCUCAGGGCAGACCUCAGAGGUGCUGUCAUUGUGCAUUUGGGACCGCUGA